AUGGGCAAAGAACAGAUUCAGAGUGUACCUACUAGGAGCACCAAAGUUCAAGAUAGUCACAGCACACAAGCCAUUGAUCCCAAUGCCACCAAGAUAAAACUAAAGAGAAUCUUUGCUACGCAUGGAGUUCCCAGAAGAGUUGAAAGCGACAACGGACCGCCAUUCAAUUCGAAAGAAUUCCAAGAUUUCGCAAAGGAAGAAGGUUUUGAACAUCACAGAGUCACACCAGGCCACCCAAGAGCAAACUGCAAAGCCGAAAGCUUCAUGAAAGUGCUUAACAAGACAGAGCAAAUAGCACAUCUCCAGAAGCAGGAUCGAGAGAUUGCUAUACAAGAUAUGUUGAUGGGUUAUAGAUCAACACCACACCCAGCAACAAGCACACCACCAUAUGAAGCACUGAUGGGCAGGUCAGUUAGAUCCAAACUUGACCACAAAAACCCAAGAGAAGAAGCUAGUAUGAAGGAUGAAAAGAUCAACAAGAAAGAUGGUGAAUACAAAGAAAGAGGAAAAAGGUUACGAGAGAACAGAAACACCAAGACACACAACUUUGUUGUUGGUGACUUUGUAUCUCUACGCCAGACAAAGAAGACCAAGUGGACAACUGUGUAUGAACCAGCAUUUUAUGUUGUAUUUAGAAUCGAUGGUUCAUCAAUUGCAGCACGCAGAAUAUCAGAUGGAAGAGAGAUGUACCGAGAUUAG